AUGGAGAAAGUCGAAGCUCUCGUGGAACGUGCUAGGCAUGCACUCGAGCCACCCAAGACGCCGUCACAUACGGUGGACAAAUUUCACCCAACUUUGGAUAGCCAUAUCCAGAAGAUCCACAAGUCUAUUGAUGCAUAUGCCCCAACUACAAACUAUUUCCUCCAAGAAAUGCAACAUGACGCUGCCAUCCCAAAUUCUCCUGAGCCAGUCGCCGACGUUUUGGCUUCUCUGGAUGCCUUUCGUGCCUAUAUGAAAGACGCAAACUCGUCUGCGAUGAGACCAGAAGAAGCCUUGGAUCUUUCCGCGCCUAUCUCGGACUACUUUAUCUCAUCGAGCCACAACACUUAUUUAACGGGUAAUCAGCUGUACAGCGACGCUGCUGCUAGUGCCUAUACCUCUGUCCUCCUCCGUGGCUGCAGGUCCGUCGAGAUUGAUGUUUGGGAUGGCGAAUUGGACACACCAAAUUCAAGCGACAGCGACAGUAGCAGCAGUGAGUCGGAGACGGAAGAAGGCAAGAAGAGUAUGGGGAGCAAGUUAAAAACAAAGAUGACCUCCAAGAAAAAUGGUCAGGAAAAGGCCGCGAAAGAACAGAAAGAAUCAGUCUCGUCAAAAUUGGAAGCGAAACUGAAUGGCCUUCUUCGUCGCAAAUCCGUCAAGUCGCCCGAGCGACCAGCGGAUGAAGAGGCUGGGACGAGUCACAUGCCUGUUCGGGUUGAGCCCCGUGUUCUGCAUGGCCAUACUUUGACCAAGGGAACUACAUUCCGUGAAAUAUGCUACGCAAUCCGCGAUAGCGGAUUCGUUGCUAGCGAUCUUCCACUGGUGAUUAGUCUUGAGGUACAUGCCUCUCUUGAGCAGCAGCAGACGAUGGUUGACAUCAUGUUGGAGGCAUGGAAAGGAUUGCUUGUGGAGGCUCCUCCGGAUAAGGGCAAGCUUCCCUCGCUGGCUGAUUUGAAGGGAAAGAUCUUGAUCAAAAGCAAAGGUGUUCCACUAAGCGGCGAGGGGGAGAAAGCCGAUGGGGAAACGUUGACUCCGCAGGAAUCAGAUGAUAAGUCCUCGGGACAGCAGUCGGCGAAGCCAUCGAAGAUUCUUGAUGCCCUGGCCAACAUGGCUGUUUAUACUCGCGCCUAUCAUUUCCGUCAUUUUGACCAACCGGAGGCCAAAGUCCCUCGCCAUGUAUUCUCGCUCUCCGAGAAAGCAGCGCGAGAAGCCCAUCUCAACCAUCGCGACGCUUUGUUUGAGCACAACCGAAGAUCUCUAAUGCGUAUCUACCCGUACGCGUUCCGAGUAAACUCAUCGAACCUUGAUCCAACAUUCUACUGGCGACGUGGGGCCCAGCUGGUUGCAUUGAACUGGCAGAAUCUAGAUAAGGGCAUGAUGCUCAAUCAUGGAAUGUUUGUUGGAACUCACGGCUGGCGACUGAAGCCAUCCGGCUACCGAAAUAGCAGUUCUGCGACAGGUGUGAUCGAGCGCCGCAACUUAACCCUCUCCAUCGAGGUAUUCGCCGCCCAAGAUCUCUCUUUGCCGCCAGGCGACCAUAGUGAGAGGGGAUUCAAACCUUAUGUGAACUGUCAGCUGCACGUUGAAGAACCAGAGGGUGAUGUCGACCCGAACCAAGACGACGCCAGCUCCGAAUCGGAGAAGAGCAGCUACAGGCGGUGCACGAAGAGUUCAUCGGGCCGUAACCCGGACUUCGGCGCCCAGAAGUUGGAGUUCCCGACCGUGACGGGGAUAAUUGAGGAGCUUAGUUUCCUACGGUUCAAGAUCAAGGACGAUGAGAUCGGUCGGGAUACCUUGGCUGCGUGGGCUUGCAUUCGGCUUGACCGGCUACGGGAGGGCCAUCGACUGCUUCAUCUUCAUGACUGCACCGGCGAGAAGACUGGGGGUAUCUUGCUGGUCAAUAUUGUGAAGCGAUUUACUUAG